AUGGCCACAAGCACGAUUGACCUUGAAAAGCAGGAGCUGGCUUUCACGCCAGUGUCGAAAAUCAGCACUAUAGUGGCAGACCUGCGCGGUGCAUUCGCCGAGGACAUAAUGCGGCCGGUCAGCUACCGCAAGCAGCAGCUGCAGGCGCUGCUGGAGGGUGUGCGCCAGCACUCCGACCUGCUCGCCCAAGCACUGUAUCUUGACCUACAUCGGUGCAAGGAAGAAGCACUGCUCUACGAUAUCCAGGCUGUGGAAUUCGAGAUCGGGCAGGCACUAGCCAACAUCGACACAUGGGUUAGGCCAGAGCAUAAUCGGCUGGCAAGCGACCAGACAGGGUUCCUGACGAGCUCGAUGGAGGUGCGCAAGGAGCCGCUGGGCUGCGUGGUAAUUAUCAGCCCAUGGAACUUCCCGGUGCGGCUGACGCUCCUGCCGCUUAUCGGUGCACUGGCAGCGGGCAAUACUGUGGUGGUGAAGCCAGUCGGAGGUGGCGCCUACGUGCUUCGGACGAGCCUGGAUGCACGUGUCCUGCAGACCACCGAGCUGCUGAAGCAAAAGUUCGACCACUUUUUCUACACGGGCAAUGGCGCAGUGGGCAAGAUUGUGGCCAAGGCUGCCGCCGAGCAGCUGGCAGGUGUGACGCUGGAGUUGGGCGGCAAGUCGCCGGCAAUUGUUCAUAAUGAUGUGGCGGAUUUGGGCCCGACGGCAAUGCGGCUGGUGUGGGCAAAGCUCAUGAAUGCCGGGCAGGCGUGCGUGGGGCUGGAUUAUCUGCUGGUGCAGCGCUCGAUCAAGGACAAGCUGGUGGAGCUGCUUACAGAGGUUGUGCACAAGGCGUACACGCGCACGCCGCAGAAGUCGGCCGAAUACGGACGCAUCAUCAACCAGCGGCACUGGCAGCGGCUGACGGACGCGCUGGCAGCAUCCAGCGGCACGGUGGUGCCCAUUGUGGAUGACGUGGCAGACAAGGCCGACCGGUACAUUCCUCCAACACUCGUCGACAACGUCACUGCGUCAGACUCACUGAUGCGCGACGAGCUGUUUGGGCCGAUACUGCCGAUAAUCACAUACGAUACGCUGGAUGAGGCACUCCAGAUCGUCAACUCACGCGACCAGCCGCUGGCACUGUACGUGUUUGCCAGCGACAAAACCAGCGAGUAUGUGCUUCAGCACACGCGCUCGGGCGGCGCCAUAGCCAACGAUGCCAUGUUCCAUCUGGCAGCGCACAACUUCCCGUUCGGCGGUGUCGGCCCGUCGGGCGUCGGCAACUACAUGGGCAGGUAUUCGUUCGAGACGUUCUCGCACAAGCGGUCGGUGAUGAAGCGCCCGCUGUGGUUCCCGCCGGCCUAG